GCCGCAGAGACGCCCCGCCCCCGCGCGGCGCUGCGGAACCGGAGCUCCGGGCGGCGUCGGAAGCGGCACGGGAGGCGGCGAGGCCGGGACGAUAGCAGCCGGCGCGGCGACCGCGGCGACCGCAGCAAGAGCCGCGGGGACGGAGCAGACCACGACGAAGGCACACAGGCAGCCGGGCCGGGCCGGGCCAAGGGGAGAGCGGCCGCCGGGCAGCGGGCGGGCAGCGGGCAGCCGCCGAGCCGCGAAGCGACAUGGUGGUGCUCAAGGAGUAUCGAGUCAUCCUGCCUGUGUCUGUAGAUGAGUAUCAGGUAGGGCAGCUGUAUUCUGUGGCUGAGGCCAGUAAAAAUGAAACGGGUGGUGGCGAAGGCGUGGAGGUCCUGGUAAACGAGCCCUAUGAGAAGGAUGGAGAGAAGGGCCAGUACACACACAAGAUCUACCACUUGCAGAGCAAAGUACCCACAUUUGUCCGAAUGCUGGCCCCAGAGGGAGCCCUGAAUAUACAUGAGAAGGCAUGGAAUGCCUACCCUUACUGCAGAACCGUUAUUACAAAUGAGUACAUGAAAGAAGACUUUCUGAUUAAAAUUGAGACCUGGCACAAACCGGAUCUUGGCACCCAGGAGAAUGUGCAUAAGCUGGAGCCUGAGACAUGGAAACACGUGGAAGCCAUAUAUAUAGACAUCGCAGAUCGAAGCCAAGUACUUAGCAAGGAUUACAAAGCAGAGGAAGACCCAGCAAAAUUUAAAUCUGUUAAAACAGGCCGAGGACCUUUGGGCCCAAAUUGGAAGCAAGAACUUGUAAAUCAGAAAGAUUGCCCAUAUAUGUGCGCAUACAAACUGGUUACUGUCAAGUUCAAGUGGUGGGGCCUGCAGAACAAAGUGGAGAACUUUAUACACAAGCAAGAGAGGCGUCUGUUUACAAAUUUCCACAGGCAGCUGUUCUGUUGGCUCGAUAAGUGGGUUGACCUGACUAUGGACGACAUUCGAAGGAUGGAAGAAGAGACGAAGAGACAGCUGGAUGAGAUGAGACAAAAGGACCCAGUGAAAGGAAUGACAGCAGAUGACUAAAGCCACCCCUCCCUUUUCUGCACUUUUUGCAAGACAGUGGUCAACAGGAAGGCCCAGCAGCUCCACCCUCCUGAGUGACAGGCCAUCUUCGGACGCAGCCUUUCUGUGCCCAUUCUUCAGGCAACUUCUGAUCCCUUACUGUAGCUAAUUCUAGAUACCCUUCAAUAUUGUGAACAAAUAGACCGUCCGGUAUUACAGAGCCCGUGUGUGCGGGAGCCUGCUCCUCUGAGCUAUGUGGGGAGUAGGUUGCUGUAUUUACAGCUCCUCCCUCUCUCUCCAUUGUGUUCUGACCCAUUUCUGUGUGGUCUCCUCCCCACUUUAUUUCCAAGUGACAUUUUUGGUCUUUCAAAAUAGCUGCCUUUUGUGAUGUGGUGAUUUAAGUUCCUUUGUUUUCAACCUUGGGAUAAACUAAUAUUUUUGCUUCCUGGGCAGAUCUUUGCAAUUUUGAGUGCUCACUUGGGGAGAGAGGACGAGUUAGAAAUACAGAAUUCCCACCCUCCCAGUUCCACAGAAUAGCAGUGUGGCUUCAUAACUCUGACCUCUGCUCCCAUAAUGUGUUGUUAGAAUGCUCUGAGACCAAGGAGGCCCAGCGAGUCUCUGUUUCAGAAAAUUUAACAAAUAAGAAUUCCUGCCCCAGUCCCUGUAUCUCUGGCCACUAUUCUUAGAAACAGUUGUAGCUUCUUGGCCCUCCUGUUGCCCAUUCUGUGUGAAUCAUUCUGCAGAGCCUACAGGACACCCCAGUCACCUCUCCGCCUGGAGGGACUUGUCCAGUGUGGCCCUUAGAAUUGAGUCUGUCCGGUAGAUACUGAUCCGUCUGACCCCAAGGAGCUUUAUAUGUCCAUGCUCCUCUUCCCUUUUGGGCUGGUGCUGCCACUCAGCAAUAAUCUUUUCUCUGUGCUUUCUUAGAUCCCUAUCCUCUGUCUUUGAGGUUGGUUAGAAUGCAAGAGUCCUGAUCUCUUCAUGCUGCACCCAGUGAGCAUGCAAAAAGCUUUCUUUUCCAGCAGAACAUGUACCCUCUUGUCUCCAAUCAUUGGAAAGGAAUUUGAAGAAAAAGAACUCAGGUCAUGCUGCCCCCAGGCUGAGUUCUGUCCUGGACAAUCAAAAGCGAGCAGUGAUCAUAGUGUAGAAUUCUACCAAAGUAGGCUGGAGAGGUCCAGGUUCCAGGGGAGGAGAGUGUGCUGAGUGUUUCCUAGUUCCUACAGCUUGGCAGAAAAUGAGAAUGCCUUCCUGGUGGGAGACUCUGAGACAGCUACAGUGUCACCUGACCGUUCUGAAACCCUGUGAAGUGUGUCAGCCUGAGUGUACAGUCAUCCAGCCCCAAGCUAGCCUGGGUGCCUCUUUCGAGAGAGACCAAAUCUCCCUUGGGGGAGUGAGAAUUGGGAUGGGAUAAUUUAUCCUUAUGUUUUUAUCAGUUAGUUUGCCUUACCUUACUCAUUUCUAAGUGCAAUAAGGGAGUGUCUCACGGGAUUGCACCUGGGACAUCCUGAUGGGUGGUUUCGUGUGGCCUUCCUGGCACAAGAGCAGGCAGAAUCGGACCUUGCAGCAUGGUUAGCUGUGACCUUCACUGAGGUCCCUUUGGGACCAGAGAUGUCCUCUUACAGGCAUUUUUCCUCUGUACGUCUCCUCGCUUUGCUGGGUCCUUCAUAAUGGACCUGCAUGUUCAGUUGUGAUUUGCAUCUCAACUGCUACUAGUACGUGUGGGACUGGGAAAGUUGGAGAAGAGGCAUUCCGCCUACAGGAGAAAAAUGUAAAUGUUUUCCUACAAGCUCUGUGUUACCUAUUAAUUACAUGUGUGCUUAAAGACUUUCCUUCUUCAUUCUUCAACUAGGUGAAGUCCAGAUUUGAGUUAUCUUGGGAGAAACUGAUACUAUUUGCAGACUUUUGUUAACGUGGGGCGAGGGUCAGCAGAUGCUAGCCUCCUUUCUUCAGCUCUGUGAGAUCCACACAUAUCAUAUUAGCUCUAACGGGGGCUCACUCUUUAUCUGCCUUUUCCCUGACUCCUCCACCUCUAGCCACUUCCCACUCCCACCCCAACUGGAAGCAUCCGUACGAGCUGAGCUACAGUUUCCUGAGAUCAGCCUGCAUCGGGGGCUCCUGCCCACAUGAAAAAGGUGGAUGUCCCUGGUAUUCUGUCCUCACGGGUAGUGUUGCUGCUGGGCAACAGUGUUGGCUUCUUUUAAGUACCCCCUUCCCUCUCCACCCACCCUAAACUGCCUAGCACUCAGAGGGGCUUCCGAGCAAAGGCUCGGCUCCAGAUGGAAAAUACCUAAGGGUGCACUACACCCCUGCAGACCAGCAAAGGCUCGGCUCCGGGAGGAGAGUACCUAAGGGUGCACUACACCCCUGCAGACCAGCUGCUUCCGUUAGACUUGCAGGGUCUCAGUCCUAGCUGAAAGUAGCGGUACCUCUGCAUGAGGGCUGCUGGGCUCUGGCCUCACCAAGAGAGGCUGAGGACAGGGGUCAGUGUUGUGGGCAUGUGUCUAUCUUCCCAAGUUCUCCUUUUUCAGUCCUCACUGGGACUCCCUGACUUAUUUUGGUUGGUUCCUAGUGCUACUUCUUUUACAAACUACACUUUGUAGAACUGAUUAGAUUACCUUGUUUAUUUAAUGUGAGUUUGUGCCUUUUUGUCUCAAUCUUCCAAUACAGGUAUAUUGGGGAAAAAAGCAGUCUAAUAAAAUCCUAGACAAAGCU